CUGUUUCCUGCAAAUCUUGUUGCUGCAGCUUUCCAAACGUACGCGACAGAAUAUAAGAUGCUGCCGAGAAACACUACCUCUGGAAAUGUCACGUGGGAAAAGGUCCCUGUCGGUACUGAGAUUGAAGGGAUGAAUAUCCUGGGACUGGUGCUGUUCGCUCUGGUUUUAGGAGUGGCGCUGAAAAAGCUUGGCCCGGAAGGGGAAGAUCUGAUCCGCUUCUUUAAUUCAUUCAAUGAGGCAACUAUGGUCUUGGUUUCCUGGAUUAUGUGGUAUGUACCUAUUGGCAUUAUGUUCCUUGUUGGGAGCAAGAUUGUGGAGAUGGAAGAUAUUGUACUUCUGGUGACUAGUCUGGGAAAAUACAUCUUCGCCUCUAUUCUGGGCCACUUCAUCCAUGGAGGAAUCAUUCUGCCACUUAUAUAUUUUGCGUCCACACGUCAAAAUCCAUAUCGUUUUCUCUUAGGACUUAUCACGCCACUUACCACUGCUUUUGCCACAUGCUCCAGCUCAGCCACUCUCCCGUCGAUGAUCAAAUGUAUUGAGGAGAACAAUGGAGUUGACAAGAGGAUCAGCAGGUUUAUCCUUCCUAUCGGGGCGACUGUAAACAUGGAUGGAGCUGCUAUUUUUCAGUGCAUGGCAGCUGUGUUUAUUGCUCAGCUGAACAAUGUCGACCUCAACCCUGGGCAAAUCUUCACAAUUCUUGUGACAGCUACCGCAUCCAGCGUGGGUGCAGCCGGGAUCCCAGCUGGAGGAGUCCUCACCAUUGCUAUCAUCUUGGAGGCCAUUGGACUUCCCACCAACGAUCUCUCCUUGAUAUUAGCAGUGGACUGGAUUGUGGACCGAACCACCACAGUUGUGAAUGUGGAAGGAGAUGCCCUAGGAGCAGGCAUCCUUCAUUACCUGAAUGAAAAAGAAAAGAAGGACAAAGAGCAGGAGCUAAAGGAAGUCAACGUAGAAGCAGUUGCUAACAGCAAGUCUGAAGAGGAAACAUCGCCUUUGGUAACCCACAAAAACCAAGUCUCCAACACAACCAGUACAGCAGACCCUGAAUCCAAGGAAUCAGUAUUGUGAACUAGAGGCUGUUCAUCGACACACGUCCUAGAGGUGGACCAGGGACUUGUUAAUGCGCCUAGAUGUUUGCAGUGCUAACAAGGCCUGAAUGUCUCUUUAAAGUUUUCAGUUCCUUUCUGUUUUGAAAUACUCUGGCCUGGGGAAGGGGGGGGAUGUGGGGUGGGCAGAGAAGAGGUGUUGAGAAAGAACACUUGCUUUAUAAUAGUAUUUUGAUAAUUCAUAUGUAUACAUGUAUAUGUGUUGCAUGUGCACACACACAUACAUGUAUGUGAAAACAAUGCCAUUGAGACUUCUGGUUUAAUGAGACUUCUGUUAGUAAAGGCUCAUGUGGGUUGGAGAUGGGGAAGCAGCAAACCCAGUAUGUGCUUAUUGCAGGGAAAAAAUAGUAAGCUUAUUGUGCUCCUGUUUGAAUGGCGAUGUGGUCCAGAAACUCCAGCAUGGGUGAAAAUGUUGCUUUCUGUUAGAGGUGUUAGUUUCUGUCCUGGAAACACUAAAUUAUCAUUAUAGACACAAUAUAAAGCAACAUUUUUCUCCCACUC